GCCCGGGGAGCAGUGUGUGGGGACGGCACCAUGCUCAGAGCACCUCAGUGGCCUCCUCUCCACUCUGUCUCCAGGGUUGAUGAGUUAAUCACCCUCACCUGUGUCCUCUGACCUCCUGCUCAGUAGUCUCACUCAUCUCACCUGCUGCCAUGGCAGAAAGAGAUGGAGCACAUCAGACGGUCCUGGUAAAUCCUGGCCCUGGCACCGGCUCAGAGUUGCUCCUGUGUCUGGCAAUCCCGAUAGAGCCUGAGCGCUGGCAGUGACAAGAGACGCAGAAUGCCUGGAGAUUUACUGACAGAAUGGAUGGAGAGGAUGAUCUCUCAGCGAAACACUGUUCCUCGUUCCGCUGCCGCCAUGGGAGGCUCUUUUUGGCAAGCACUUUCAGAACGCACCGCAUUUUCAGAGCGAGUACUCAGGAGCACACCUCCAACACACCAAAUUAUCUUCUACGAAGGCCGCAACUUCCAGGGCCGCUCCUGGGAGUGCAGCAGUGACUGCAUGGACACCUUCAGGCACUUCAACUGCUGUAAUUCCAUCCGUGUCAUGGGCAGUCACUGGGUAACCUAUGAGAAGCCUCACUACAUGGGCUAUCAGUACAUCCUGGGCCCUGGCGAGUACCCAGACUACCACAGCUGGAUGGGCUUCAACAACUGCAUCCGCUCCUGCCAGAUGUUCUCCCCUUAUAGAGGUUCCUAUAGGAUGAGGAUCUACAACAGGCCUGACAUGUUUGGACAGUCAAUGGAGUUCAUGGAUGACUGUCCCAACGUGUACGACCGCUUCCAUUACCGUGACAUUUACUCCUGCAACAUCCUGGAAGGAUACUGGAUCUUCUACGAGCACCCCAACUACAGAGGGCGCCAGUACAUCCUGCGUCCCGGGGAGUACAGGGCCUGCGGUGACUGGGGCUGCCACAACCCUAUCGUGGGCUCAUUCAGGAGGAUGAGAACUGCCGUCUAAACUCCACCUUCUCCGUGUACUCUUCAUUUCAUCAAUAAAGUCUU